GCAGGUAGGACCCAACCAACACAAGAGUCGCCCGGCCCACAGCAGGGAGAGCAUCGCGAUUCACACCAGCGCGAGAAGGGGGGCGAAGGAAGAGGAAGCCGCCGCCGCAGCCGCCGAACCACCCCGAGCCGAGGCCCCGCUCCCCCGCCCGCCGCCCGCCCCCAUGGCGCCGAAGCGCCCGGCCGCGCCCGCCGCGGCGCCGUCGGGGUCCGCGUCCGAGGCCUCCGACGCUGAGGCGGACGCGCCCCUGCACCACCCGUCCUCCCCGUCGCCGUCCAAGACGCCGCCGCCGCCCAACCCUAACCCUAAGUCGUCCGCCGCCGCGCCCACCUUGGUGGCGGAGGACUCCUUCGCGGCCGGAUCCGACUCCGGGGCCGCCUACGACUCCGACGCGGACCACCGCCCCGCGCUCCGGAAGGCGGGCGCCGCGGCGUCGCCGUCGCGCAAGCCCAGGAGCCCCAUGCCGCGCUCGCGCUCCCGCUCCCGCUCCCCGGACGCCGCCUCCGAGUCUGACGGCGCGGCCUCCGACGCCGACCCCGCAGCCGGCGACGCCGACGGCAACGCCUCGCCGCUCCCGCCCCAGCGCCAGUCCCGCGGGGAGGCCGCCGCCAUCAAGCCCCUCAGCUCGCGCCCCAUGGACCCGCCGCGCCGCUCCACGGUCCCCUCCUUCGCGGAGCCGCGCCCCAAGCGCCCCCGCAGCGUCGCCGUCCCGUCCUCAGUGGAGCACCUCAAGAGGCCGUCGCGGCUCUGGAGCCUCGCCGACGAGCUCGUCAUCCUGCGCGGCCUGGCGGCGUACCGGGCCAGGCGUGGCGUUCUCCCCGGCUCCAUGCAUGACAUUGCUAAGCUCCAAGGCCUCAUCCAGAGCGAGCUUAGCGUUCAGGUGACCCCCACGCAGGUCAGUGACAAGGUACGGCGUCUCAAGCAGAAGUACAACCUACUUGCAUCCCGUGCCAAGAACGGGCGGGACCCAGACUUUCCCACCCCGCAUGACCGUAGUGUCUAUGAGCUUGGCAAGAGGGUUUGGGGGCCAACUACUAGUGCUGCUGGAGGAAAUGCUGCGGGUGAUGGGUAUGAGAUUGCUGGUGUUGGUGGUGGUGGUGAGAGUGAAGAGGAACUCGAGAUUGGAGAGAGCGAUGAGGAUGUGGAGAGUGAAGGGGAUGAACGUGCCCGCAAGAACAGGAGGUUGAAGCCAAUCCCUAUGGCGAAUGGAAACGUGACUGGGUUUGGGGCUGUGAAUGCCAAUAGCAGGGGGAAAUUUGAUUUUGAGAAGGGGAAGGAUGCAUAUCCAUACCUUUGGGAGACCGUUGAGGAUCUGUCGAAGGAGCACCCGAAUGGGGUGGCAUUCAAGAAGGCCUUUGAGUUGAUUGAAGGCCCCAAAGCUCGUGGGAUGGAGGAAAAGCUGCGGAAGUUCAGGUUGACAGAGAUCAGACACCAGCUGCGUAGGAUGGAACUGAUGAAGGAGACAGUGAAGAUGGUGCUUGAUGCACUUGAGGGUUGACUAAGGAGUUAUGGGUGAUCUUUCGGUGGGUGAGUAGUGCAAUGUUAAAAGGAGCAAUCAGUGUCUUCUUUUGUUUCUAGAUAGAGUUUCUGUGGCUGAAUUACUUAACUUUUGUGGUCAAGGUGCACUUGGCUCAGUGAGAAUCUAGGUGUAGAGCAAGGAGCAAUGGUGUUCUUCUUGUUCUUGGUGGAUCAUUGUAUUUUGUGUCGCUUAGGUGCUAACUUACGGUUAUAUGGUAUACAAUUUCUAUAUUUACCUAAGUUUGGUACUUCGGUUUUGA